UAUUGUCUCACUUUCUCAUGCGAAAUAAAGAGGAAAUAGGAAAUAUGAUUACUACAUAUACAUAUUGUAGUAUCAAUUAAAGUAAAAUUGUGACGACGGGCACUAGCUUCUGAAAUUGGAGAAAUUUACACUGACAUAAUCAUUCCAAACUGGAAGGUUGCUGGAGAAAGUUGCAAAUGAGAUUUUUGGUGACUCAACUUUUGUCUUGCCUUAGUCGAGCACGUGCGGGAACCGUUCACCACCUCAUUCAUUCGGCAACACAUAUUUUUCAUAAAACCUGUGAUUCAUUGACUAUGCACAAAAUCUAAUAAAGUCAAUUCUUUUAAAAAUUAAAUGUGUGCCUUACAGUAUUCGUCUAACUAUAAUUCUUCUCGAUGGUUGUUUUCUGCUAAUUAAAAUUAAGUUAACCUAACCUUGGUCGAUCUGUAGACUACAGACUGUAGUACUCGUAAUUUAGUUUGAGUGACGAAUCACAAUGACGCUGAAACAAUGCUGUAAUCCUCCUACUAUUUAUCAGAUAAUGCAAAUACUUCAAAUUAGGACGUUUCCCUAUUCCCGUGGCAGGACCACAAUGUUUUGCAAACCUCAUCACAAAAGCAUCUUUCGCAGUGUUCACGUUCAUUCUGCUAGGAGAAUAAAUUGCUGGACAAUAUCACCACCACUAUCUCCAGCCAUAACAAAUGGCAGAAUUUUGUCCUCGUCAGCAGCCGUGCGGUCAAAUAUCACGAAUUCUAAUGCUAACUCUGUCCAGGGAGACAAUCUUCAUCCUAUGAAAACGGUCGCCCAACAAUUCGUCGAAGCUUGUCCGUCUAAAUUGCAACCGUACUUAAGGCUCUCGCGAGUAAAUCAGCCCAUCGGAACGUGGCUUCUGUUUUGGCCGUGCACGUGGGGCCUUGGUUUGGCGACGGGCGGGCUGCCUGACCUGGGACUGCUCGCACUUUUUGGGACGGGUGCCUUCAUUAUGCGUGGAGCAGGAUGCACGGUCAAUGACAUGUGGGAUCGACACAUUGAUAAAAAGGUACGGAGAACGUCGAAUCGCCCAUUGGCUUCUGGAGAGUUAAGAAUGCGUCAUGCUAGCGCAUGGCUUGCGGUCCAACUAAGUCUUGCCUUUACAAUUUUAUUGCAAUUGAAUAACCCGUGUUUUAUUAUUGGAGUUGGCUCUCUGGGACUCGUUACGUUUUAUCCAUUUGCAAAAAGAAUUACUCAUUGGCCACAAGCGGUCCUGGGAACAACUUUUAAUAUCGGUGUACUGAUGGGCUAUGCCGCAUCAGCGAAAUAUGCACACUUAGGGUUAAUUACUUUCCCAUGGUUUAAUAUUAGUUGCUUAUCCAUGUAUUUGGCUGGAAUUUCAUGGACUUUAAUUUAUGACACGAUUUAUGCUCAUCAAGAUCGAGAAGAAGAUGCACAACUAGGUCUUGGCUCAACUGCUCGGAGAUUUGGUGAAAACACCAAGCUCUGGCUAACCAGUUUCAGUGUCUUAACGGUUACAUCGCUGACAAUGUGUGGAGUUUUAGAAAAUAUGGAAUGGCCAUUUUAUGUCGGUAUAGGAUCAACCGCGGCACAUUUUGCUUGGCAGAUAACAACGCUGGACAUUCAUAACCAUCAGAACUGCUCAGAACGAUUUAAGUCUAACCGUAACAUUGGAUGGAUUAUAUUUGCAGGAAUUAUUGGAUCCGGGAUGUAUUCAAAAUACAAGAAUAGUAAUAAUAGUGACCACAAUUUAGUGAACUCUAUGUCAUCGCAGAUAGUCCGUGAUAGUAUAAAUCCUAGUAAACUUUUAAACACGUCGCCUCCUGCUACUUCGCCCGUUACAGCAUAUGCUAGUCAAAUAGAAUUAAAAAACAGCUAAAUUAUAAUCAUUAACCUUUAGUACCCAAAACUGUAUACUCAAUAUAGAAUAGUGACUUUUGGACUGGACAAUUUUCUGUAUAUCUACAUUUUUUAAAACAAAUGCGUAAAUGAAAUAAUAAAUGACGCACCAUACAUACGACACAAAA